CGAGCCGCGGGAUGCUACAGAGAGAAAAUUGUAUGAUGCAGAAAUUUAUCAACCAAUUAAUAUAUAAACAUGUAAAUUAAAGAAAACUCAAACAAACGCUUGUAUUUGACUUUUCGUAAAUUUCGCAAUACGUUGAUGUUUUGAGAUUGAUUCACAAAAACAACAUGGCUGACGGUGGUAAAGAUGAAUUUAAAAGUCAUACAGGAGAAAGUAUUGAUAAUGAAACUGAUUCUAAAUAUGGAAAGGACAAUGAAACUCCUAAAGAAAAAAUUGAUUGGGAGUUCGUCGAAGAAUAUUCGUCUCUUGCCAGAAAACCUGAACAUGGGACCAUACCACAGGAUUUUCUGGAACUUUUCUAUUCUUAUGCGUACGAUUGUAAGAAGUACUUCAAUUUGUGUGUGGUUGAUAAAGAUACUGUUGCCUUUACGUCUGGAAAUUUAAUUCAUUUUUUCAACGUAAUAGAAAAUACAAUGACGUUCAGAAGAAGUAUUUUGGGUGGUGGUAUUGGUCACAUAGCUAAAAAUCCAAAGAAAGAACAUUUUGCUGUAGCAGAAAAUGGCACGAAUCCAGUAAUAAUUAUAUACAAGUGGCCAUCUAUGAAAAUUGUAACUAUCUUGGAAGGAGGGACAACAAAACGUUACUUCCACUUGGCUUACAGUCCUGAUGGUUUACUACUGGUUUCCCAAGGCGGCGAACCUGAUUAUUACAUCUCUAUUUGGAAUUGGAAAGAGUUAACAAUCAUUUUGCAAUGUAAAUCACAUGUACAAGAUGUGUACAAUGUAACUUUCUCUAAAUAUGUUCCUGGGCAAUUGACAUCAAGUGGAAUAGGACAUAUCAAAGUUUGGAAAGUAGCCAGAACCUUCACUGGAUUGAAAUUGAAAGGGCAAACUGGUAAAUUUGGGAAUACAGAAAUUUCUGAUGUCAUAGCAAUUCUUCCAAUGCCCAAUGAAACAAUAAUUUCGGGUUGUGAAUGGGGUAAUAUAUUAUUAUGGAAUGAAAAUUUAAUUAAACUCGAAGCAUCUAGAAAAAAUGCAGAGCCAGCACACAUGAAUUAUAUUACUCAAUUUGAAUUCGUCGGUGGUGAACUUAUAUCAGUUGGAUUGGAUGGAUGGAUAAGAUUUUGGUUUUAUGAUACUAUUGACCAUGCGGAUCUCCCCCAAGAAGAACCGUUCCUCGAAUUGCAACCAAUAUAUGAAUUCCAUAUUACAGAAGAAGAGACACAUUUUCAAAAAGAUGCGAUGCUCAUGAGUAUCCAGAAACAAGAACGAAAUGAACCAGAGAAAACAAUGUGGUAUGCUCAGGAUGCAAAUGGUGGAUUAUGGCUGCUUGAUCUUUCUACAAGUAAAAAAGACCAAGUACAAACGAAGAUAUUUAGGUGCCAUGCUGGUCCUAUAGUCGACAUGGACAUAGCAGAUUGGGGACCAUACAUUGCUACAAUUGAUGAAAGUGGUCAACUGCAUGUUUAUAAUGACAUUGAAAAGAAAUUAAUAGUUGGUCACAGAUUUCGUGAUAGUGGCAGUCAAGUAGUUUGGCUUCCAUGCAAGGUCGAAAGAACAGGUUCUACAAUCGUGUGCGCGUUUCGAAGUGGUAUUAUUAGAAUGAUAACAAUAGCAAUAAAGGCAGCUGUGGUCGAGAACAAUAUAAAAGGAGAUUAUACAAGACUAAUUCAAUGUAUAAAAGCACAUUCCAUGCCAAUUACUUUAAUGUAUUACAAUGUUUCGUGCAAUUUGCUGAUAACGGGCAGCGAAGAUGCUACUAUUUUUGUAUUCAACAUGCAAUCCACUGAUACUUAUCCACAAAUCAUACCUAUUGGCUAUGUAAAGGUUCCUUCGCCUGCUACUUGUAUGACGUGGAAUGCACAAGAGAAAGCAACUUUGUUAGUUGGGUGUCUUAAAGGAGAUUUCAUGGAAGUACAGUUACCCAUCACACCUCAGUCAUACACAACUACUUCUUAUGAAUUAGUUAAAUGCAAAUCAGCAAAAUUCAAAUUUGAGUCAGUGAAGUCUUUGAUACAGAGAGAAAAGGUAAAAAGAGAAUUCGAAGAAGAGAAACAGAUGAAAAUCGCAGAAAAGAAGAGAGAACUGGAGCAGUUAAUGAAAGAGAACCCGCAUAUGGUGAUUGAUGAGGAAACAUACCUUACUGAAUUUGAUGAUAUGAAGAUAACCCUGCCAGAAAUCUACAUUCCAGAAAUUCCAAAUAAAAUCUCAGUAAUAGAAUAUGGUAUUGACAACAAUGUUUGGCUGUUUGUGAGUGGUUUUGAUGCAGGAUACGUUUACAUAUACCCUCGUCCACUGUCUGGGAGAAUUAGGGACACCAAACCAAUCAAAAGCAGAAUAAUUAAAAACGCGGAAGACGUGGAGAUAUACAAUUGCUUCUUCUACGAUAACAAGAAAUACUUGUUUUUGGGAACACAAUAUGGAGAACUUCACGUAUGCAGGAUGAAUAUGGAAGACCCAUUGGACUUUUCAGACUACUGGAUUCUUCCCAUACAUGAUUAUUAUAAUGGACGCAUAUCCAAGAUGUUAUUAAGCUACGACAAGAAAAUGCUGCUGACGAGUGGUUAUGAUGGAAACAUAUUUGCUUUUACAAUUAACUCUGACGCCGAGGAUGAAAGCAUAGAAAUACCUGUCGCAGAGGACUCCUUACCUCUACUCCAAAAUAUUGAAGACAUGGAAGAUGAUCAUCCAAGCUUAGAAGAGAUAAUUACACAACUGGAGCAGAAUCGAAUAAUCUCUACCGCUGAAAAGAAGAAAGAAGAGGUUUUACGAAUUAUACGCGGCUUAGUAGAAGAAUAUGUCCAAAUUAUGAACAGAAACAGAAAGCUUUUGCCGUCUCAACAAAUAUCGCAUUUCGAGUUGGACCCUAGAAUUACAGAGGAUUUAGAGCAAUACUUGAAAGAACAAAUCUCUUUAACACAGAGAAAGCUAGAAUUUCAAUUUGAUAAAAGUAAAUUGGAAUUGGAGAAACUGAUGGACCAUUUUGUUACACCUAUUACACAUUUGCCUUUUGCAGUGCGCAGUAUAUUGAAUGAAGAUAAAGAAGUACACUCCCUCAGAGAAUUAAAACUGAAUAUUGACACCACAUUAAAACAAAUAGAAACAGUGAAACAAUUUGAAGAGCAUCACCAUACAGACAAAGCACAAGAGGGAGAAAUCGAAGACAUUGAAGAAGAUAUGGAUGACGAGGAAAUACAAUACUUGGAGGGUCUUUUAGCCGAAGAUUAUAGUGAUUUAACUUCUGGAUUAGGAAUUCAGAUCAAUCAGAUGCUUUUGAAGUACAAAGAGAAGAAAGCUAGCAUGAUUCGAAGACAGAAAGAAUGGCAAAGAUUAUAUUCGAGGAAGCCAAAUUUAGCCAAAAGUCGUAUGGAGGAUGCAGUCUUCAUUGAAAAAACAGAGAAAGACAUUGGUGAAUAUAAUCUAAAGACAAGCACAGGUUUUAAUAUUAAAAUGAAGAAACAGACAACUGUAUUGAAGUACAAGCAGCUUCUAGAUUGCAGGCGUAAGCUUCAUUACCUGCGAGAAGACUUCAAUGGAAAGUUGAACGAAAUCAGAUUGAAGAAGCAAAAACUACAAUCAGAAGUCCUUGCAUUAAUACAGAUGCUGAGAAAAAUACAAGCAGAAAUUCCUAAUAAAAGUGUAAAACCUAUGCCGCAUGUACCAAUAUUAAAUGUUGAUACUGAAUUUCCUGAACUGAAGCUUAACCUCGAGAAGUAUGUAUCAAUGACAGAACAAGUGCAACAAAUGAAACGACAGAGGCAGUCUCAGAGCAUAGAUGUACCAGUGGAUAAGUACGACUUGGAGUAUGAAGUGUUGCUUUGCGAUGAGAAAACAACCACAACAGAUGAGAUUGAAAGUUUUUCCACCAUUCUGUCAUCAUCAAAGAUGAAAAUGAAAGGUCAAGUGUCCACACAUAUUGAUUUAAUACGGAAUUUGAAUAUAAGCGAUGCUGUUCAGACGUUAUGGGAAAAAGAAAUGAAGCGCACAAGGAUGUGGCGUAAGCUAUAUGAACAGGAUUGCAUUUUGCGACAUAUCGAAGAGAGUUAUAAGCAAAUAGAACACGAAUUGGACGAAUUGGAAGAAUAUAGGCUUGAUGUUAUAUACCAGAGCACUUAUAUGAACUUGCAUUUGUUGACGCUUUAUGAAGAAUUUAUCAUUCUUAGGGAGUGUGAAGCAACAGAAUUUGUUCUCGAAGAUAAAGUCAAUUUGAAGUCUAAUGAGCGAGCUACACUAAUGUCGAAGAUGCAGAAUACAAACGGCAGAAUCUCGAUUAGGGAAGAGGAGAUUCGAAAGUUGCACGUGAAGAUUAAGGAUCUUACUGCUGAAUUUGCGAAAGCUAUUGUUGGAAGCAAGUUCCAAGACUUCCUACAGAAAAUAUUCAAGAAAAAAUACACAGCUGCGAGGGAAAGAGACGAAUCUGAGGACACUACACAAUCGUCGGAGACUAGCAGUGAUGAAACUGAUAGUACAGUAGAUUCUGAGGCUGGUCAGGUUUUGUUCGAUGAAAAUAUUUGUCCACCAGGUUGUGAUAAACAGUUGUAUGAAAUGGCAUUUACUAUGAGGGCACAGCGAUAUGAACAUGAAUUGCAAAUUAAAGAGGAGCAGAGAGAGAUCGAGUUGUUAUAUAAAGAAUUAGACCUAGAAACAAAGAGCUUGAAAAUUGUUGAGAAUAAUUUAAAGAGUAAUCAAGAGGAUCUGGAAGCUUUCAUAGUGGAAAAACAAAAGAAGUUAAAUGAUGUCGAUGUCACAGUUAUACUAAACAUGCACCAAAUGCAAAACAUAUCAAAUUCUGGAAAUGUCACAGAGAUUCAGGAUUGUGUAGUUUUUAAUAAAAAGGAAUUAUCAAGUCUGUAUGCUAGAGUAGGAGAACUACAAAAGCAAACUUUGGAUUUAAUAGAUAAAAGAAAGAAAAAUGAGACACACCUUAAAAGGAUAAAAUUAGAUUUGAAAUAUAUGGAAACGCAAAAUAAGAGUUUAGAAUUAGAAAUCAAAGAAAAAAUGAUUCAAAAAUUUGGUCGAAAAGUGUCUCUGCUAAGUCUGUAUGAGACUAUUUUACAGAGAAUGAUUUAUGAAACUAAAACAGAUAUGCGAAAAAUUAUGAAAACUUUUUCUGUGGACUUGAAGAACGUAAAAAGAGAGUGCAAUGAAGGCCUUAUUAUUUUAGCGAAUUUAAUUCGAAACAAUACUGAAAAGAUAAGUCUGUUAACAAUAUUAGAAAAAGAGAAGAUUAAACUGAAGAAGAUGUUAGAACAAGUACCAGUUUCAGAAGAGGAUAUGUUAAAAGUGGAACUUCAACAUCAGACAGAUAUAUCCAUACUUGAAAGAGUUCUUCACAAUCAGAUGCAACAGAAACAUUUGCUUCAAUAUGAUGUUGAAAAUCUUCGAAAUGGACCAAAGAAAUUACUUUCGUCUUGUUUGAAGGAAAAUAUACUGUAAAAACUAUUUAUUUUAGAUUAACAUUUUCAAAUUUAAGAGU